UUUGUUUUGUUUUGGUUUUUUUUCAGAAUCUUUUGACAUCCGUUUAAAUUUUUAAAAAAUAAUCUCCUAGUUUCGUAUCUUUCCGGAUGGCGUUGAUUGUUUCAGUUAUUUUUGUUUCGAUUUAAGGGGAAAAAGAAAUUCCCUUUUUCAACUGAGUGUUUUGUAGUUGUCCCUGACGUGAAGAAUAAAAAACGUGCGUCAAUUUCAAAGUGGACAUGAAAAAAAUGAGGCCGGCGGAUUGCAGCGCGGAUGAAUGCAGCAGUGACGAUGAGAUCAGUGUCGGAUGUCCGUCGCCUCAGCAGGUCGGAGACAGCCGACUGGAGGAGGACAUGGAAGCCUCGUUACAGGCAUCAUCCGAGGACACUCUAGUGCUCACUAGUCAACACGUAAUCCGGCCGGAUGUGGAGAACGACGUGGCUAAGAAUAACGCCUCUGCUGGUGGAGUCAGAUCCUUUUCCAUUCUGGAUAUUCUCAAUCAUCGGCCGGCCCAGCAACAACAACAACAGCGGACGACUAGGGCAGAAUCGCUGGAAUCAUCGGCUCUUUGCUCGGCCGCUAAAAUCCGGCGGAAGAGUUCGAACGUGUCGGAAACGACGUCAACGGCCGCUGUCGUGGAUGCGGCUCAUCAUCUUCAUCCUUCCGGCGUGCAGCAGAGCGAUGCUGAUUCGCCGACGAAGAUCAUGCGUCCGUGGGAUUAUCCGCAUCUGAGCCUUCCGGCGCAUUUUCAGGCAGCAGCGGCGGCCGCGGCGGCUGCCGGAUUCUUAAACCCCAAUCGGUGCCUACCGUUCGCGGCUCAUUCGGCCUCUUCACCUUUCCUUCCGGGUCCUCCGCAUCACAAUCCUUUCGGCUUGCAAUCGCAUCCGGCUGCCGGUCUAGGCUUCCAUCCGCACCAGCAUCCCAACUUCCAUCAUCACCUGCAUCAGCGCGGCGCUGCCGCUUCGUCUUUCGUCGGCGGCAUCCUCUCGGUCGGCGGAAGCAGUAGCGGCCAUUUGUCGCCGUCCAGCUCCUCUGCCUCGCCGGAUUACAUCAGCGCUGGCGGUUCGAGCGACUGCGACGCUGACGACGUUUGCUCGACGAGCGGCAACAGCGCCACAUCGGCCGGUAGCCCGCUGCUCCAGCAGCAGCAGAGGCAGAAGACUCUGCUCAAUUCCGGUACGCUAGUCGUCAACAACAACAACUGCGGCAGUGCCGGAAGCGUCCGAAAAUCGACAUCUUCCAGCGCCAAAAAAUCCUCAGACUCCGCCAAAGCUUCGGCCGCGUCGGGCAACAAUUCGGCCGGAGGCACUCCCCUCGACGCCCUCUUCCAGAUGACCUCCAAGACCUUUGACGGAUCUUCCAACAACGGAGCCGAUUCAUCUGGAAGUCAGAAUGGGAGUGGUCACGGUGGAGGAGGUGGUGGAGGAGGUGGCGGAGGAGGAGGCGGUGGAGGGGCCCUGUUCAGUCCUCGACAACAGGCCAAAAAGAAGCGCAAGUCCCGAACGGCUUUCACCAAUCACCAGAUUUUCGAAUUAGAGAAAAGGUUCCUCUAUCAAAAGUACCUGUCACCUGCCGAUCGCGAUGAGAUUGCACUGACACUGGGAUUGACCAACGCUCAGGUGAUUACUUGGUUCCAAAAUCGACGAGCCAAACUUAAACGAGACAUGGAAGAAUUAAAAAAGGACGUCGAAUCGGCCAAGAUCCUGGGCAGUCAUCAUCACCACCAUCAUCAUCAACAUCAUCACAAGGCAUUUAUCGGUGCGCACAUGGAUUUAAAUAUGUUGCAGAAGAAGGCCGAUGAAUACAAUCAAGCCAUCGCAGCAGCCAGCGAUUGAAACACCGCCAUUGAAAUCGUGAAUUGUUCGUGAAAGACGAUUUCAAAAAGAAAAGCAAUUUAUUUGAUGUUGUUUAAUUGACAACAGAAAAACAAAAACUCGUUCCUCUAUUUACUAUAUAUUUACUUCUGGCCUAUUUUCUACGAAAACUGAUCACAACAACAGCAACAACAACAAAAAAAAAAGAAAAUAUUUUAUUAUUAUUAUUUUCAGGUGAAAUGAAUAACUAAUGGUUUUGAGUUUGACGUCUGUGUGUGUGUGUGUGUGAUUUUUAUUCUGUAAGUUUUUAUUGAGCAUCUGUGACUGUAUUUCAUCACAUAGAAAAAAGGAAGGUUCUUGGUUCAUUGGAAUACGUUGAAUUUUAUUGUUGUACAUUUUAAGAUUUGUAUGUCCUCGCAUGUGAUUUCUUUUUUGGUGUGUAUGUCCUUUUUUUUCCCGAAAUCCUCCCCUUGCCCUUCCAUUUUCCUCCUCCAAAUUUAAAAUAGCGAAACAAAAAAGAAA